AUGGUUCGACUGGGAAGAAAGAACGACUUUCAGAAUGAAAGGUCUCCGUUUUCGAAACCCACUGGCAUAUACUGGAAUGUGGAGCGACAAAAGGAGGAAGCCAUGCACAUUCUGGAUUUACAGGAGGAACCAGCCUUUGUCUAUCAUGGUAGGCGGAAAAGUCUGACCCCAGGUGGUUUACUCAUAUCAACCUUGAUUUAUCAGAUUCGAGACCCCGUAGAACGAGUGAUCAGCUGGUUCUACUACAGACGCACUCCCUGGAACUCCGUUAAAAUGUACGAGGUGACGGGAGAGUUUCAGAAUCGCACCUUCUACACCAAGAACUUUGAGGAGUGCGUCCUAACUCACGAUGUGGAAUGUCGAUAUGACCACGGACUUAUGUUCAAGGACGAGUUUGCCGAUCACAAGCGUCAGAGCCUGUUCUUCUGCGGACACUCCCCCAUUUGCGAACCCUUCAAUACCCCGGCGGCCAUUGCGAGGGCCAAGCAGAAUGUAGAGCGAGAUUUCUCAGUGGUUGGUUCCUGGGAGGAUACGAAUGUCACUUUGACAGUGCUCGAGCACUAUAUACCCCGAUUCUUCAAAGGCAGCAUGGAGCUGUACUAUGAACCCGAUACCGGCCUGGCCUUUCAGAAAGAGAAUAUCAACCACUGGAAGCCGAGAGUUAGCGAGCGAAUCAAGCAAAUAAUGCGGGCUAACUUCACCCAGGAAUACGAAUUUUAUUAUUUUUGCAAGCAGCGCUUGUAUCGGCAAUACUUUGCAAUAAAUAAGCACUUGCAUUUCUGAGUA